AUGAAGUUCGCAUCCACCCUUGCGGGACUCUUCCUCCUCGGCAACGUUGGCGCUUCACCUCUCGCUGAUAAAGAAAGGCUAGAAGCCCGGGAUAAGCCCAAGUGCCAGUAUAAGGAUAGGCUUUGCUGUAACUACAAGGACAACUAUACCCCCGACUAUGGAAAUGGCGAACAUUACGGCCACCGUCACACCAUCUACGUCCGCGUUCACCAGAGUAUCCAGCGCGCUAUCAACAAGGCCUCUCGCGGUGAUACAAUCGUCGUUGCCGCUGGUACCUACGCCGAGCAGCUCACCAUCUCUAAAGACGGCAUCCAGCUCAUCAGCAAGGGCGCCGUCCUGGUUCCUCCCAAGAAGGCUGUCAAGAAUAUGUGCUCGGGCCUCAGUGGUCCCCAGACGGAGACUGGCAUCUGUGUGCAAGGGAGGGGCAUCAAACUGGACAAGUUCGUCAUUGAGCACCGCAAGGUUCUGUCCGUGGAGAGGCCCGUCAAAGACGUUUCCAUCAUCGGCUUUAAGGUCCGCAACUUCUCUGGUAUCAACAUUGCUAUCCUUGGUGCUAAGAAUACCCGCGUCAGCAAGAAUACGCUCACUGAUGGUGCCAAGUAUGGUACUCUCACGGCUGGCUCGACCAAGACGCUAGUCGAGGGCAACAAGGUCUCACACACGGGCCUAGGAGUUCAGGGGAUUGCUAUCUGCAUGGAUAACUUCUCUGAUGUCCAUAUCAAGAAGAAUACGGUCACCAACUAUGGCGUCGGUCUCUGUGUCCAGACAAAUGGGGCAGAUGUGCACCACAAUAUGGUCUCGCAGUCCUGCUUUGGCAUCUUUGUCGAUCCUGGUGUUACCGGCGCCAACAUCCGUCACAAUCACGUCGGCCCGAGUAACCCUGCCUGCCAGAUCGCUUGGGGAAUCACAAUUGACGGCGCGGUCGGCUCCAAAGUUAGUGACAACCUUGUUGAAGGACAGAAGAACAAGGGCACGGGUGUAGGCCUGGUGGUCAUUGACGAGGAAUGCAACCCAACGGAUCCCCUAUUCGGCCUGUCUUGCCUGACUCUCAAGCGCAAGUCUGUCGCUUCGGACAACAUCUUCCUCCGGAAUACUUUCCGGGAUAACGACUUAGAUGUCUUUGUGAACACGACCAGCAAGACCAACAGCUUCAAGUGCAAUUCUUGUAAGACCUCACUCCCGAAGGGUCUAUGCGCGAAAUGA